AGAAUAAGAGGAGUGAGAGGGGGAGUUAGUAAUUACGUUUCUUGUUUGCGACCGCGUGGUGCUUCUAAGGUUCCGCUUCCGUCAACCCGGUUUCGUCCCCACAUGUCAGUGCCGGGACCUGUGUUUUAAUUAGAUUUGUAUUCUAGGUUAGAUAGAUCCCUUAAAAUCAUGGUCGGAAUCGAUAAAACUACUCCCGAAUCAUCUGUCAUCAAAGAAGUUCUCCCAUCGCCGAAGCUGAUGGACAUCAUACCAAGGGCUUUAGAUGUGGACCGAGGGAUCUUGGAUCUAUUCACGGUGCUGGCAGUCGCCUCCAAGGAGAACAGGAUCGUCGCCGUUGGAGACCUAAUUGGCAAACUCAAGGAAAAACAGGACGGAACUUCGGGACCAUGUCAGGAAGUUCUGUAUUCUCUGAAACGCCUAAUCAAGGGCUUGUCAUCACCACGAAAGCUGGUUCGAGUGGGCUACCCUCUUGCCCUUUGUCAGAUUUUACGUCAGUUUUCUAUCAUUGAAGGUUCUGAUGUCUUACAAAUGAUUGAAGAGUAUCUGGAUUUAUCUAAAGCGGAGAGCUCUUCAGAAAAAUCCAACAUGGAGAUUGGUAUUGCCCUGGCAUACAGCGCCGUUAUACAGUCAGACAUUUUAUUAAAGGACCAGACCACGAUACUACCACUGCUCCAACAGUUGAUGUCCUUCAAGACAGACAAGUCCUACGUCCAACACAUCUGGCACCAGUGUCUACCAUUGCUGAUACAGAAGAUGGUGACCCACAGUGGAUUUGAGACAGAAAUCUGGCCAGUCCUCCAGAAAGAUCUAUCCUUGGGUUGGAGCGACGUCACACCCGAGAGACUUCAAGUCCUCCUGAUCUGUAAACAACAUCUUCCUGACAAAAUUGACAAGACGUUCCUCAAGAAAAACUGGUCAAACAAGAAGAUAAUCGGUGAAAAAACUUAUAAACAGUUAUUGUCAGUCCUUCAGGAUUCCACCCGUGGCCAUCCCAUCAUCCACAACGUUAAUAAACUCCUACUUCAAGAGCUGCCCGUCGAAUUAGUUGGAGACUUCUGGAGGGAAAUUGGAGAAAUCUUGUUCCAUGGGGAGCUGUCCAAAAGACGUCUUGGUAUGUUCCUCUUAUCCGAAUUGAUCAAGAAACCUUUGAAUAUUGAACAGCUUGAAAUGCUUCUCUCCAAACACAUCUGCGAGAUGGUCUUUACAGACUUGAAGUUCACCAACAAGGAGCAGCCUUCAGCUCAAAUGGUGCUGGACAGUUUGGCUUCUCUGCUGGACAGUUCCAAAGACGACCACCUCCACUCAACUGUGGUGAAGUGUUUCACGAAAUCCCUGGAUGCCGAGAAAAAUCAAACCAUGGAGCUUCAUACUGUUCUCUCUGCCAUUAUACCACAUUUGACUGUGAAAGCAGCAGAAGAAUUGAGUCAGGAAAUAAUGAACCUCAUUGAGGGACGACAGUUCUAUGGUUCAACGUUCACCAGUCUGUCUGUUCGUCAGUGGUCCAUCAAUCAACUCAGCCUGUUCUUCAGCCACUCUGCUGGUCAAGAGGAUGUCCGGCAGUGCCAGGCCAAUCUCCUCCAGUACUUGUUCCGCCAUGCCUUCUUUGUCCUCUCCAAGUCGUCCUCGGAGAUACCUCAUUGCCACAGUGAACCGGUGUCCUUUGGCGAGAAAUUGCAGAAGACCUGCAAUUUGGCAUUCGUGAAGAAUUUCCUCAAGAUUAUCACAAUGAAGUCUGAUAAAAACAAGAAGGCCUACAUUACCAAAACAGUCCAACAGAUAUUUUCCUAUGUUGAGUCUUUGGUCAGUAAUUCAGAUGUUGUGAAACCACUGAAAGAAUUGAAUGAAGAGACGUUACAAGCUCUUCACCAGAUCAAACAGAUGUUGUCCCAGAUGCACUCAAUCAAAACCGACCAAUCAGAAAGCAAGAAUAUUUAUGCCUUUGAGAUCCUACUCACCUACCUGGCCCUACAGGUGUUUUGUGACCCACAGAACUGCCUCGAUGUCAUUCAGGACAGUUUGUCUUGCUGUGAGAAAUCUGUUAAGAAGAGGGUGAAAUCUUCAGACGAUGAGCCGGACUGGUUGGACGUCUUACUCGAUGUCCUCAUUGCUAUGAUGACCCAUCCUUCCAAACUGUCUCGUGCCAUAGCGACCAGCAUCUUCUCAGCCAUUAGUGACCACAUCACACCUCUGUCCCUUGGUCUUCUUACAGAGAUUCUGAUGAAGAAAACAACUGAUGUGGCAAACGAUGAAGAUUUUAUGUUUGGUGAUGAAGAAGAAGGUGAAUCUGAAGAGGAGGAUGUAGAGAUGUCUGAAAAGGGUGCUGAUGACGAUGAGGAUGAAGAAGAAGAGGAAGAAGAUGAUGAUGAUGAUGAUGAGGAAGAGGAGGAGGAGGAUGAGGAUAAAGAUGGCAAUGCAGCGGAGGCCAAUAUGGAGGUGGAUGAGGAUUUCCGCCAGAAAGUGAAAAAUGCCCUGGGGGAUGCUGCAGAUAAUACGGAUGAUUCUGAGGAAGAACUUUCGGAUCUCAGUGACAGCGAGAUGAGCAAAUACGACGCUGCGCUCGCAGCCGCAUUCCGCAGUCGCAACCGAACCGAAAUCAAGAAAGCAUCGAACGACAAGAAACAGCAGCUGAUAACCCUGAAGAUCCGGUUACUCGAUUUCAUCGAAGUUCUCAUCAAACAGAAUCACAAAGCAGAAAUAGUGACGCUCUUAUUUCGGCCCCUUCUGGAACUGCGGGAUUCCAGUGAACGUAACAGAAUUGAAAUGACCCUUGGAGAGAAGGCCAUCCGUCUAUAUCGACAGUUGUACAAAACCAAGGUGUCUCCUGACACUUAUUCACAGAUCACUAAGGAGGAUCUUCUGGAUCUCAUGACACACUUGAUCGAGUUUUCACGAAAAGCCCCCAGUGUUGGUCUCAUAGUGGACGUGUCUGAUGGGAUCUACUUCUUGAGUAAACUGUUGCUGAAUAUAAACAGUCAAAGCAAAAAACCGGAAACUGAGAAAAAGAUCCAUAAAGGACUCCUCGAAAUCUUCCAACCCAGUUUAAAAGGUUUCUUAGACAACCAAGGGUACCAGAAUUUCUUUUGUUUUUACCAGAACCUCAUUGUGAAACUUCCAAUUGUAUUUUGGAAAGAAAGCAAUGGGCUUGUGACUGCCAUGUCUACAGAGGAGGAGAAAUUAACGAAACGGUUGAAAGCUGCCAGAUUGUUGUGUUGUAUGGUGGACAAGAACAUGCAUCAAAAACUCUCAACCAAACAGUGGAAAACAUUCGUGACCACCACAGUACCAGUAAUUAUCAAGGUGUUAGAAUCCAGUUCAGCCAAACCAAAAUUCCUAGACCAAGUAAUGUGUCUCUUCCGUAACAUCCUGACAAUUGAUAAAGGAGACAAUCUCCAAGUAAUACCAACCAGUGUAGUGCCCACAUUGCAGACCCUCAAGAAAUCUGGACCCCGAAGUCAACAUAAGACUUGUAACUCCCUUCUCCAGCUUCUCCAAAGACAAGGACUCCAGAUGAAGACCCCAGAUGUAGCAGACACUUCGUCGACGACCCCUCAAUAAACACAGCCAAAAAAAAGUUUACAAUAA